CUGCUAACCCAUGUCCCUGCUCUGCUUGCCCCUGCCCUGUCUCCAGGUGAAGCUCUACCAUCCAGACAUGUCCUGCUACAGCCCGUGCAUGCCCUGCCAGCCCUGCGGCCCGACCCCGCUGGCCAACAGCUGCAAUGAGCCCUGUGUCAGGCAGUGCCAGGACUCCACCGUUGUCAUCCAGCCCUCCCCCGUGGUGGUGACCCUGCCCGGACCCAUCCUCAGCUCCUUCCCACAGAACACCGCCGUGGGCUCCUCCACCUCUGCUGCCGUUGGCAGCAUCCUCAGCUCCGAGGGAGUGCCCAUCAACUCCGGGGGCUUUGGCCUCUCUGGCUUGGGCCUCUCUGGCUUGGGCGGCCGCUUCUGCGGCAGGAGGUGCCUCCCCUGCUAAAGCUGCUGGCGAUGGCCCUGGGGAAGGGCCCAGGGACACACAAGAUGUCUCCGCACUGGGGAUGCCGACUCCUUUCUGCCUUUGGUGCUCCCUGCACCAGGAUCUCCACUCACAGUGUCCUUGUUUCCCUCUUUUGACUCAUUAAAGUUCUGCUGCAUCCCAA